AUGACUUCUACUCCACCCACUGCCCCGACCGGAAACAACAAGCCGACGCUAACUGGUGCUCGUAUCAAGCAACGAAAAGGUGCUGUGAAGUCACAGGCCAAAUUUGAGCCGGAAGCCUUCCGCAACUCUCUGUUUAAGUAUUUUGAGCCUAUCGAGCAAAAUGACUGGGAAGGGUACCUGAAUGCUCUUGAUAAGGCGGGCAAUACGCUUGACUACCGCAAGUAUGCUGAUCCGCUAUUUGAAAUUUUGAUUGUGGGUGGCCUUUUGGCGCCUGGUGGCUCGUACAUUGAAGAUGGCGCGCCGCUCAGCCCCUUCUCUAUUUUUGCCGCGAAGACGGCGUCCAUCGAGGAUGUGCGUCCGUACGUGGACACGAUUGAGAAGAUGGUCCGUCGCUACAAGUUUCUGCAAAAGCCGCUGGAAGAGUCGACUUUGCCACGGAUUUUGCAGUACACCAACCGGUUUGACGAGGAGCAAGCGAAGAAGCUUGCUGUUGCAACGGCCCUGGCUAUUCAAAUUGGAUUGACGAAUGCUAGUGUGCUUGCUCCGCUCCAGAAGGACCAUCUCACGAAGGAUGAGGUGUCUCUAAAGUUUAUGACGGAGUUCUUCCGCACCUACUUGAAGGAGCAGACUAUGGAGAAUUUGGCCUCAGCGCUUCGCAAGGGUGGCAUUAGGGAUUGGCUUUUGUUCUUCCCACAGACCAAGCGGUCGCAACCAGACGUGAUCCCAACAUACUUCCGCAAUGAGGCUCAGUUGCCGCAGGUAGCUGAGUACUAUGGCCGUCGUCAACUGAAGGAGCUUCGCGAGAAGACGGCCGAGGAUUUGGCUGAGUUGGUGCGCACAGAAGGCACGACGCAGGAAGAGAUGCUAGCUAUGCUGCAAGAACGAUUCAAGAAACUGGGUCAGAGUGCUGAAGAGUUUAUUCCUGUGGUAUGGGAAGGUCUGGCGCGUGGUAUCGACGCAGACACAAAGCAAGACCAGAUGGAACAAAUUUUCCCGAAGGAAAUUGAACGUUUGGCUGGUGUCUUGGAGCCGUGGGCUUCGAAUGCGCGUGCCGAGAUCACAUUGAUCAACCUGAUCCAGGUACACUGUUACACGGACACGCGUGUCUUCAAGACCUUCCCCCACCUGCUAAAGGUGUUGUACAAUGAGAAUGUAGUGUCGGAUGGCGCUAUUGUCUACUGGGCACAAAAAGGUGCAAAGCCGCAAGGCAAGCAGCACUUCCUCAAGCUCGCAGAGCCCCUGGUCGAAUUCCUCCAAAACCAAGACAGCGAUGAGGAGGAGGACGAGGAGUAA